GUAGCAGCAGAUCAGCAUCCUGUACAACAACUGAAAACUGUUUGUCAGCCUCUUAUAUUUAUUUUUCUAGUAUAUGUUCAGUAAAUCCCUGUAAACUGAGGCAGUUUGUCAGUGUAUCUUUGUAAUCUCCAGAGAUGUCAGGCGAGAGUCCGUCCGAUACCUCACCAUCUUCGCAGCCAGAGGCGCCAGCAGCAAGGAGGGUCGGCAGCCAGCAGUGUCAUGGACACCAGUCAACCUACGCCUGUCAUGUCCAUUCAGCAGACACGCAAGGACUUGGAAUACCUCACAGCGUGUGGCCCGGUGGAGGUCAUUCCUCAGUCGCUCCCUACACUCCAGUCACCCCUCAGACCCUCUCCGGACCAUCUGACUUACACUCCGCCCCCGCCUACCCUGCCUUCUCUGGCUACCAGGUGCCGCACAGCAUGGCUCCGCCCCCUCGCCCAUCUCCCUCCUUCCCUCCACUCCCAAAACUACCCACUCCUGAUUUUUGGUGUACUAUCGCAUACUUUGAAAUGGACACACAGGUCGGAGAGAUAUUCAAGGUCCCCUCCAGCCUUCCCUCGGUGACAGUGGACGGCUACGUCGACCCCUCCGGUGGCGACAGAUUCUGUCUGGGCAGACUCUCCAACGUCCACCGGACCGAGGCCAGCGAUCGCGCCAGACUCCACAUCGGGAAAGGUGUUAUAUUAGACGAGAAGAACGAGGGCGAGGUGUGGAUAAAGUGCAUGUCGGAGCACAGCAUCUUUGUUCAGAGCAACUUCCUGGACUACCAAUCAGGCAGGGCACCAGGGGACGCUGUUCACAAGAUUUACCCCAAGGCCUUCAUCAAGGUGUUUGACCUCCACCAGUGCUACAGCGAGAUGCAGAAACAGACUGCAGAGGCGUGCGCUGCAGUUGCCGCACAGACAGCUGCCGUCAGAGGAAACAUGGCAGGUGGAAACAUCAGAAUAGAACCGAACAUGGCAAAGGGGAUCGGAGUGGACGAUCUCCGUCGUCUCUGCAUUCUCAGACUCAGUUUUGUGAAGGGGUGGGGUCCCGACUACCGCCGACAGAGCAUCAAAGAGACGCCGUGUUGGGUUGAGAUUACUCUACACAGAGCCCUCCAGCUACUGGACAAUGUCCUUCACAAUCUGCCCUCCGAGACUCAGCUCCAGGAGGUCGGCGAGGUGAGUCAGUAUCCAUGACAGCCCAACCAUUCUCUUAUUAGAGCCCACCUCAUCAGUUGCCCCACAACACGUCAAAUCUGAAACCACGACUACAACAGCGAAAACAUUUUAUGAGUGUCCUAAUUAAUACACAAUCUACUUACUACCAUGCACUAUUCAUUAGCGUCAAAAGUGUAGGACUCUAUGUUACCAGAACACGUGCAUUUUCCUUUCUACAACUUUCGAUGUGUCAUUGUCUUCUUCGCUAUAUAUGUCACUUGGAAUUGCAAAACAAUUUUGGCACAAUGAUUAUAAGAACACGUCAGCUGUAAGUAAUAUAAUGCAACGAUGAGGUUACAAAUGCAGUACUGUUCUAUAUAAAAAGGGAGGGGUGAAUGGUCUACAGUUAUGAUAUAUUAAUCCACACACUAAUAAUGGGGUAGCUAUAAGAGGAAGCAUUUUCGACGACCAAUUUAAUCUGGUGUCCUAAUUUGCCGUAACAAUAGCAACCGCACACGGUACAUCAUUAGUACGAAAGAUCUCCUUUCCUCUUUCGCAUGUUCAAAAUAGCCUCGUGGGAGACUUGUCUCCGGUCGUAGACGAGUCCGAGGGCAGCAAACACAUCCAGGAAACAAGUCGUCAUGUUCAGCUUCGGGCCCCAUUCCCCCGUCGAAUAGUCAUAGGGAAAUGCAUGGUGGUAGUUAUGGAAACCCUCUCCGACGGCAGCGUAGCAGACAAAGGCGUUGUCAGCGGUUUUGGAGUGUCGAUCGUAGGGACGGUCGCCCCAGAGAUGGGCCGCACUGUUCACCAACCAGGUGCAGUGUAAGGACGUGAUGUAGCGAAAACCGAAGAGAAAGAGGAAAGCAAUGUGGCCCGGUUCAUUCCAGAAAUACCAGGGAACGAGACUCGGAAUAAGGACGGAGAAAAGAAUGGUGAGCGGGAGGUAGAAACGGGCCUGAAACGCGACGACGGGAUCUUGUUUCAAGUCCUCGAGAUCGAUGUUUCGACCCUUGAUGAGGACCUGGGGAUGUUUCAACAUCAGCAGCCAGCCCACGUGAGCAAAAAAGAACCCCCUGUUUGCGUUGUGCGGGUCCGCGUCCGUCUCCGUAUACUUGUGGUGGAGGCGGUGGUCACGUGACCACACUAGGACGGAGUUUUGCAUGGCGAGACAGUCGAAACACAUCAGUACAAUCUUCAGCGGUAGCUUGGCCUUGUAACUGCGAUGGGUCCAGAGUCUAUGGGCGCCGGCCGUUACCCCAAACCCGCUACCGAGUCCCAGAAUAACGUACCAGACGAAAGACUGCCAUUUGGCGCCCGUACCAACGUACGCGCCCCACAACCACAGCACGUGGAGAACGACCAUUAGGUAUACGUUCAGCCAAACAACUUGCGUCUUUAGUCCGAACGGGCCGGGGAUACUGUUGUGUCGAAUGCGCGACUGUAGUUUCGGGUCCAAGUCUCGUAUCUCUUCGUCUGUGAAAUAGACACCCUUCUUGCCGUGUACGGCUUCGACUCCCGCCGGCCGGGGAACGGUAGCGUCUUUAGUCAUGGCUGCUCAGAAAUCUUCGAACAAAAACUACCUUCAAUGGAUGACGGUUUUAGCUAUUGUGCAAGAGCCAAAGAGAUCAGGUGACUCGGAUGGCCCGUCAUCAUCGAUUGCAUGCAUCGUG